UGUGCGGCUGCUGAUGCUGAGCGGGUCGGGGGGGGUCGGUUCUCGCGCUGUGGAUCCGGGUUUGGGUUUGAGGUCGGCGGGCCUCGGUUCUCCGGUUCUCCUCGGUUUUCGGAGUUCUGUCCAUCAGAACGAUGAGGAAAAGACGAAACUGGAAAACUCUUUCUAAAAUGUUCAAACAAUGGAGAAGUGAGAGCAUCUGAGGACUUGCAGCGUUUGAUCCAAUGGCGAAGAAAGGUCGUCCCAAGGGCGAAAAGCCCGAAGCUCUUAUCUCUGCCCUACAGGCAGCCAACGAAGAUCUCAGGUCCAAACUAACCGACAUUCAGAUUGAGCUGCACCAGGAAAAAUGCAAGGUGAAUAAGCUUGAGAGGGAUAAGGUUCAGGAGGGGAAGCGAAUCCGUGAGCAGGAGCAGCACCGGCACACGGCGGCGCUGACUGAGCAGAGGGCUCGAUGGCACGAGGAGAAGCUGAAGGAGCUCGCCGCCCUGCGCGAGUCUCUGACCCGGCAGCACGAGCAGGAGAUCGCUCGCACCGCCAAGAUCAAGGACGGCGAGAUCCAGCGUCUGCGUACGGCGCUCAGCGCUCUGCGCGACGGCAGCGGAGAGAAGGUCCGGACCGCCCUGACGCUGGAGGCGCGAGAGGAAGCGCGACGCUUCUUCGACCAGGAGCGCGUGAAGCUGGUGCAGGAGAUCACCGAGCUGAAGGCGUCGAAGCGUCAGACGGACGAGGCGCUGAGCACCAUGAUCCAGGCCGAUAAGAUGAAGGCUGGAGAUCUGCGCACCGAACACCAGGCGCACCAGGAGCAGAUCAGCAAAAUCAAGUGGGACUGCGAGCGAGACAUUCGCCGCCUGGUGGAUGAGAUUAAAGCGAAGGACAGAACGAUCUUCUCUCUGGAGAAAGAGCUGGAGACCGCCACCGGCUUCCUGCAGAAGCUGCAGCUGCAGAAGGAGGCGCUGGACGAGCAGCUGUUCCUGGUGAAGGAGGCGGAGUGUAACCUGGGCAGCCCCAAGAGAGAGAUCCCGGGACGAGCCGGAGACGGGGCAGAGCACUGCGGGAGUCCGGAUAUGAGGAGGAACCAGAGGCGAAUGGCUGAACUGAACUCCAGCAUUCGUAAACUGGAGGACCGGAACACCCUGCUGGGGGAUGAAAGAAAUGAACUGCUGAAGCGAGUGCGGGAGGCGGAGAAACAGUGUAAACCUCUGCUGGAGAAAAACAAGCUGCUGAACAGGAAGAACGAUGAGCUGAGUCAGUCUCUGCAGCGUCUGGAGGAGAAGCUGAAGAGUCUCAGCAAAGAGAACUCAGAGAUGAAAGAGAAGAUCAGUUCUCAUCCUCCGCUGAAGAAGCUGAAGUCUCUGAAUGAUCUGGAUCAGGCUCACGAUGAUCAGGAGAUCGAGUUUCUCAAACUGCAGGUUCUGGAGCAGCAGAGCAUGAUCGACGAGCUGACGCGAGACAGAGAAAAACUCUUAAGGAAAAAGCGUCAUAAACGAAAUCGACCAAUCAAGAGGCAUAUAGUCGUGGACACGUUCUUCGGUUACGACGAGGAGUCGAUGGAUUCUGAAACUUCCUCCAUCGCCUCGGUACGGAUGGAUCGAACUCCGGCGACGCCUGAUGACGACGUAGACGAGGGUUUGGCUGUGGAGGAAUCGGAGCUGAGGUUCAGGCAGUUGACCCGGGAGUACCAGGCCCUGCAGAGAGCCUACGCUUUACUGCAGGAGCAGAAGGGGGGGAUGCUGGACGCAGAGAUGGAGGCCAAGGCUCAGGAGCAGCUCCAGGCUGAUGUUCAGAGGUAUAAAGCCAAAAUUGAAGACCUAGAAAAGGAGCUAACGCUGAAAGGACAAGACUCAAAGUGGGUGGAGGAGAAGCAGCUGUUCCUCAGGCGAAAUCAGGAGCUCCUGGAAAAGGUGGAGAAAGUUAAUGUGGAAAAUGUGCAGCUAAAGGAGGAGCUUCAGGACUCCAAAGACCAGAAUGAUCUACUGGAGUUCCGUAUCCUGGAGCUGGAGGAGCGAGAGAGGAGGUCCCCUCCGUUUACACUCAGCAUCCACCCGUUCUCUGAGGGAGUGAGCGCUCUGCAGAUCUACUGUAUAAAGGAGGGAGUGAAGGAUGUUUGUAUUCCUGACCUCAUCAAACUCUUAGAUAUUCUGGGAGAUAACGGGAAUUUGAGGAAUGAAGAACAGGUGGCGAUUAUUCAGGCCAGCACUGUUCUCUCUCUGGCUGAGAAGUGGAUCCAGCAGAUUGAGGGAACAGAAGCAGCGCUUCACCAGAAGAUGAUGGACCUGGAGCUGGAGAUGGAGAUGUUCUGUAAGCAGAAAGGAUAUUUGGAGGAGGAGCUCGACUACAGGAAACAGGCUCUGGAUCAGGCCUACAUGCAAAUCCAGGAGCUGGAGGCGACGCUGUAUAACGCGCUGCAGCAGGAUAAGGUGAUAAAGUACGGCGAGCCGCUGAGCGAAAUGCAGAGAGACGAGCUGCGGACGGCGGUGGAGAAACUGCGGCGGCAGAUGCUGAGAAAGAGCCGCGAGUACGACUGUCAGAUCCUGCAGGAGAGGAUGGAGCUCCUCCACCAGGCCCAGCAGAGAAUAAGAGAUCUGGAGGAUAAAACAGAUAUUCAGCGUCGGCAGAUUAAAGAUCUGGAGGAAAAGUUUUUAUUUCUGUUUCUAUUCUUUUCUCUCGCCUUUAUCCUUUGGCCUUGAUGUCUGUGACAUCUCCUGCUGCGGAGGCUCAGAGGGAACCUGGAAGUCUUUCUAACAGCUGCAGUUCAUCACGCACGAGAACUAGAAUUGUAGUGGCCGUUUUGUGUGUGCGCGUGUGUGUGUGUGUGUGUGUGUGUUUGUGUGUGUGUGGACGUGGGAAUGUCAUACUAUUAUGGAUAUAAAUGCCAGAAACUCCUCAUCAAGACAGCCCUGGAGUUACUGGAGUUCCCCUACAGAUCAGAUUACCCAGCAAAAUCUCAAAAACCUUAAAUAUCAUUUACAUAAAAUCACACACAGACACACAUUUACAAACUGUGAGAUAUCACACACACAGACACACACACACACUGUAAAUCACGAGCAAAAUGAACCAAAGUCUGGAGGAUUUUACUGUUUAUCUCUGCCGUGCAGGGGAUUCACCACCUGCCAGCAUCUACUGCAUCUAUCCAUCACAGCCAAUCACUGACCUUCAUCAGAUGACCAAUCAGAAGCCAUCAACCCCGUCUACCAUCCCCUAACACACACACACACAGGACUCAGGGCCAGUGAGGGAAAUGUACUGGUUGUUGUGGUCAUUUUCCGAUAGCAGUGGAGUCUCUCACACUGCCUGACAGCUGAUUGGUCGGAUCGGGCGGAUUGUUCGGGUUGGACGAGGAGAAGGAGUGAUGCAGCCGUGCAUUAAUAACCCAUCACUCCGCCUCUCUAACCUUUAACAGACUGGAGCUGUCAGAUCGAUCUCUCUGUUUGUAUAUGGAUGUAUUAUUGUUCCCAUCAGCCCUGAUGUACCCCCCCCACCACCCCCCCUCCC